CCGACGUACUACGUAGGCAGUUGACAGUAUAUGAACUUUAAAUUAACGUUAGUAAUAUAGCAAUUUGUGUAAAUUAACAAUAUCUAGUUUAACUCUGUAACAUGCAACCGAUAUUUGAAAUUUAAAGUAAGCCUAUAUUUAGUCGAGCGUUAAUAAAAAAUAUAUUCAAUCUUUAUUUAUGAUUUUAUAGCGUAAUAAAAUAGUGAGUAGUAUUUUUAAAAAUGAACAGUGUUUUGAUAUUUUUUACUUAUAUACCUCUGAUAGUGUCACAAAGUUGUAGAGAAUAUGGUAUGACGUGUUCAGACGACAACUCAUGCUGUGGAGGAUGUUGCAUAUCUGGUAUCUGCAAGGAUACUUACUCAGAUUGCCGUGUAUUGUCGAAUCAGUGUAUAGAUUUCUACUGUCCGCCGAAUGAAGAAUGCUACAUUUAUCAACCAGAAGACUGUAAGGGAUGUGCUUCAUUUCCAAUUUGUAUAAAUUCACCACCAGCACCUCUGGAAAUAUUAUUACCAAAUUAUAUUCCCACUACUGCCACUUCAGGUUAUAGGUACUCGUAUAAGAAAAGUAUAUCCAUGUUGAUUGUAGGUUUAGCGUUGAUGAGUAAAAUAUUUUAAAUACAUUCUUUAACUACGUUGUUUUAAUUUCCUAUAAUGCAAAAAAUAGAAAAAUAUAUAA